CCCUCUUACGUAAAAUUUAUAUCCUGCAACUAGCGACUUCUCUUGCUUCUCUUGGACACGAUUUUCCUUUCCCGAUGGUAACAAGACGCUCCCGAGGGUGAUCUUCGACCCGACCCGCCAGGGUACGCCAGUCGCUGGUCCAGCGCAGCAUCCCUCGGCUGUAGCGGCGCACCCUGGCACGCAGCGGCUGAAUUAAUUUAGGGGUUGCGCUCCCUCCUGCGCAGGAUCCGCCAAAUAACGGGGAGAGACGCGUGCGUGCCCCCGACGCCUCGGACGUGCGACGCUCGGGCGCGAUAAUUUCGUCAGGAACGACUUUAAAAAUCAUUAGCGUGAAACAGGAAACUCAAGAAUUUAUAAAGCAUCCCUUCCGCGAGACGAAAGUCCUGUAAAAGAGAUCUACGAAGGAGUCACGGUAUAUUUUUUUUCGCGUCGGUCAGCCCUAGCAAAUUAAAAUGGCUGUUGUGACUGGUCGAAUCGGGUGAUCUCGACGGCAGGACAAUAGGAGGUCACGGCAGUCCGCGCAGGUUCGGGAUUCUUGAGGGUUCCCGAACUGCUUGUACAAGACGGUUGUUGAGAGAAACGCGGAGGGAUGACCGAGCGUUGCGCGCUGGGGCGCGAGAAACUUUGCUGAUCGCCGGAUUCUGCACCCCGCGGGGCACGCGCGGGGAGUGGAAAAAGAAAAUUGUCGUCGGGAUUGAGGGCAAGGAGCGCAAGAAGGGAUUUGCCGGGUAAAUCGGGAAAGUAAAUCUCCUCACGAGAGAUGAGGUCCUAUGACGGCGAGAGUAGCUCGACGGAGGACGACGAUCGCAGGGAGGGCUUGCCGGAGUCGCAUCUGCAACAAGGAUCCUGGCAACGAACCGCGUCGCAUCCUACCUGGGCCUGGGAGCAUCGCAAUGCCUGGAAUCCACAUGUUAGGAAACACCCUGUAUGUCCAAGAAAUAUAAUAAUGCGACAUCCACUGCCUCCACAAUCCGCGGCAGCCCUCGAGUCCGUGUACUCGACGGCAGGGGCCUCGCAUCCAGGUGUCUCGGGCCCCCCGGCGGCAUACUCGUCGGAGCACACUCAAAGCGCCCCAGGACGAAGGACUCCGUUGGGUACCGUAGGUCUCGGUGGCUUUUAUUUUCAGCAACAACCGCAACCACACGCCUCGUCGAGCGCGUUGUCCGACGAAAAUCGACCGGACGAGAGACCCACAGCUUCGCGACUGAACUGUCCCCCAAAGUCGAAGACGACUCGCCAGGGGAAGAGCGUGAGGCUGAAUAUUAACGCGCGAGAACGCAGGAGGAUGCACGAUUUGAACGACGCCCUGGACGAGCUUCGCUCCGUCAUCCCUUACGCUCAUAGUCCGUCGGUAAGGAAGCUAUCCAAGAUCGCUACCCUCCUGCUGGCGAAGAAUUACAUCCUCAUGCAAGGAAACGCCUUGGAGGAGCUCCGAAGAGUGAUCGCCGUCCUGCAAUCGCCGCACGCGCACACCACCGCCUUGCCGCCCACGCCGGUCUCCUACGAUCUCCUGCAGGGAUUCCCUGGCAAGCUGUUCCAGGGGGUGCAGGAGAUGCAGGGGCUACCCGCGAGCGAGCCUCAAAUCGUGACCGGCCCUCCGACCGACGGCACGGUCGCCAGCGGUGAAUCAAAUUAAGGAAUCAAUUUUUGUCUUACUUUUUUCUCCAUCUCUUCCCCCAUUUUGCACCGUGAAGGGUCGAUUACAAUGCGAGUCAUGGAAUUAAACGAUGACAACGCGGAAAAAAUCGAACAGCGAGAAGUACGAUUCAAGUUUUAUGUUUAUUUUUAUCAAUGUAGAUUAACUUUAAUCGCGGUUUAACUUACUUUCCAUCUUUUUCUAGUUCCUAAAAUUAGAGAAAGAUAAAAGGUAAGCUAAACCAAGAUCAAAAUUAAUCUGCAUUGGUAGAAAAGAUAUUAGAGGUAAAAAGAACGAUGACUGAUGUUUAAUGUAAGAUAUCGUGAGGUGAAGAUAUGGAGAAGUACUUUUAGUAAUGGAAACGCCUUUGGCCAUGAAAGUAUUAAUUAUUAGAGUACUAUUGAAGUGCUAAUUAAACCCUUGAGGGAGAAAAAGAGAAAAAAAAGAAAAGGAAAAAGAGGAUAGAUUAGCCUUUCAAAUACUAAGUAUCUUAUUUAUCCGAUAAGCGGAAGAACGAACCGUACAAUUUUAUCUUUUCCGUGAAAAUGACAAGAUUGAAUAAAGAGACAAAAGAGAUAUCAUAAAUAAUCAAAAAUUAACGAAAAGAGAUGUUGAAGCAAGAACUAAUUCAUCAAGAAUCUAAAAAACAGCUUUUCCACGAAAAAAAUAAAAUGUAGAGUGAUUUCAAGCUCCAAUUCCCUCCAGAGGAUUAAUUAAGUUCGGAAUCGUCCAGAUCAAAUCUGGAUGAAAGUAUUGCGAAAGUAUUGCGAAAGUACUAGCGAUUAAGUGAUUAAUACCGUCACGAUCUUACAGUCAAUAAUGCAGCAAUAAGACGACGGCGCCGUUUUCGUCCAUCCGACAGUCGAUUUUCGAGAUUUUCGCGUUUCAAUCGCUCGAUAAUUCUUCGUGGAAAAGAUUUUCUUAUUAAAAAA